CAAAUUAUGGUAAUAAGAAUGCACUUGGAGCUCAAGAUAUGAGCCAGCUUCGAGCCACAAAGUCUGGACUUGUCGUGAGCGCAGUCAUUUGCAUCUUCAUUUUUCUUUACUUAAGGAAUCCAACUCCUGUGGAAUCAGAGGAAGAACCUGCCCAUCCAGAAGUAGUAGAAUGUGGCUUUUACCCAGAACUGUGUUCCGCUUUAUUUGAAGGGAAAGGGGCGGCCCCCCAAAUUGCAAAAUUUUGCAAAACCCCUCAUAAAUCUGAAAUACAUGCUCAUUUACACACACCAGGAAACUGCUCUGGGAUUUCUUGGGGGCUGCAUUUCAUAACCAGACCCCUGUCUGCAGAAGAGGGCGAUUUCUCUUUGGCAUAUAUUAUAACUAUUCAUAAGGAGCUGGCCAUGUUUGUGAAGCUUCUCAGAGCUAUUUAUGUACCUCAAAAUGUUUAUUGUAUUCAUGUUGAUGAAAAGGCCCCAAAGAAGUAUAAGACUGCUGUGCAAACCUUGGUUAACUGUUUUGAAAACGUUUUUAUUUCCUCCAAGAGAGAGAAGGUGGCUCAUGCUGGCUUUACAAGACUACAGGCAGAUAUUAAUUGUAUGAAAGAUCUAGUGCAUUCUAAAUUUCAAUGGAACUAUGUCAUCAAUCUUUGUGGACAGGAUUUUCCCAUCAAAACCAACACAGAAAUCAUACACUACAUCAGAAGCAAAUGGAGUGAUAAAAAUAUCACUCCUGGAGUAAUCCAACCACUGCACAUUAAAUCCAAGACAAGCCAAAGUCAUCGCGAAUUCGUUCCUAAAGGAAGUAUCUAUGCACCUCCAAAUAACGGAUUCAAAGACAAACCACCCCAUAACUUAACCAUUUAUUUUGGAAGUGCUUACUAUGUACUUACAAGGAAGUUCAUAGAGUUCAUACUGACUGACAUCCGUGCAAAAGACAUGCUUCAGUGGUCCAAAGACAUCCGCGGCCCAGAGCAACACUACUGGGUGACCCUGAACCGACUAAAAGAUGCUCCAGGUGCUACACCAAACGCUGGCUGGGAAGGAAAUAUUCAAGCCAUUAAGUGGAAGAGUGAGGAAGGAAAUGUUCAUGAUGGAUGUAAAGGCCGCUACGUCCAAGACAUCUGCGUAUACGGACCAGGAGACCUGCUGUGGCUCAUUCAGUCGCCUUCUCUGUUUGCCAGCAAAUUUGAACACUCGACAGACCCGCUUGUGGUCACCUGCUUAGAGCGGCGGCACAGACUUCGAGUGUUGAGGCAGGCAGAAGUUCCUAUAGAGCCACACUGGCAUUUUCAACAGCAGAGUCAUUUCAAUAUGAGACUGAACCGCUAG